UCCUACUUUUUCAACAUUGAAUACCCUACUGGAUUUAACGAGUAAAGCCGGGUAGCAUUCCUCUUUGUCUUAAUCCUCUUGUUAUGCAGUAGAUCAUUGCGUGUACAGUGGUUUCUUGGUCUAUGGUGCGUACCGUAUCGGGAGGGCACAACAAGCCUCACAAGCACUUCUCGCCUACCGGUAUCCGGGUAGCGAGGCGAAGCAUUCACGGUGGAUCUACCACCCUCUAACUUAUCCCAGAAUCGUUUGACUCCUCUGUUACCCUGUCUUUGAUGACUACCCUUACAUCCGUCUUACAUCUAGUCUAGUACCUGCACUGUUUGAUAACUUGAGAGCUGCACUCCACCAGUCACAAACCGCAACCCACCUCCUGUUCCAUUGCCCAACCCACCUCCCGCUACGUAAUAAAGUCAUGGCUACUCAACCAUCCCAAGCUAGCAUUGAUGCGAUGGCUAGAGCCGUUUACGAACAAUGUCUGCAGGCUCCAAGCGACUAUCUCUUCUCUGUUUCAGAGUUGCAAGACUUGGUCCCUGGGAAAAACAACCUCGAGCUCACACAGAAAGUGCUCAACGAGUUAUUACGGACCCGCUCCCUUAGCGCUCUUACCCGGGGCUCGCAGACGGUGUUCCGCUCUGUUCCAAAGGACUUUGCAGAGAAGUGGGUCAUAUCAGAUUGCCGAGUGACUAGCUGAGCGAGCUAAUACGGCUGUAUGUCUAGGGUCAAAAAUAUGACGGCGGACGAGGAAAUGUUGUACGGGUAUAUUCAGGAGUCGGCCAGGGAAGGGAUUUGGACGAAGCAGCUGAAAUUGAAGUCGAAUAUGCACUCAACGGCGGUUAACAAGGCGUUAAAGGGGUUGGAGAGGAAGAAAUAUAUCAAGUCGAUAAAGAGUGUGAAUGUAAGUCGCCUCGAAUGCUGGGCAGAGGCGCCCCGUCUCAAGAAAUUCAUAGCAAGGAACCGCGCUUUGCAGGGUGGGGGGUGAGGUGGCGAAACGCAGACACUGGUCUCGGCAGUCUGCACAGCGUUUGGAUUGGGGGAAUCCCACGGGUCCGGGCUUCCCGGCAAUCCCAGCCCUCAAUUCAAAUCCGAAAGUGACUCAGGAGCUGAGGCUAACGAUUCCCUACAGCACCCCGCGCGCAAUAUAUACAUGCUCUAUGAACUCACACCAUCAAUCGAAGUCACUGGAGGCCCUUGGUUCACAGACUCAGAGCUCGACAAAGAAUUCGUGAAUGAACUUCUGACGGCCAUCACCAAGUUUAUGAUCUCAAAGUCCUUCCCAAAGCUAUCCAGCCGGGGCGCCAUAAGCUCAUUCCCACCUGGCCACACUGGUUAUCCGACCUUGAACCAAGUCUAUCUCUGGGUCAAGAGCAGUAAUUUGACAGAGGUUGACCUUGCGGAGGCCGAUAUCAGAAGCCUACUUGACGUCCUAGUAUAUGAUGGAAAAAUAGAGCGGGUAGUGGGAGGAACGGCGUAUCGGGCUGCCAGGAGACCAGACAGCAUCAACGGGUUUACCGAGAGCCCGUGUGGGAGGUGCCCCGUCUUCACCCUGUGUAAGGAGGGUGGCCCAGUCAGUGCCAGUAACUGCGUGUAUUUCGAGGACUGGCUGAAUGCUUGA